UAAGCUCCCACCACUGACGUAACUGGUCAAACAGCCUCUCAUAAUUCUUCCAAAAAGCACCAUUGAGACGCGAUUCCCAGCUCUCAUGUUCCACAAAAUGAAUAGGAUACCUCUCCCACGCGUACCGCUCUCAUCAUUUCUUUCCUCUGCCAAAAGUGCACUAAAUGGAGGCAUAAAGACCGAAGGGAAACUUAACAUUGUCGUGGGUAAUGAAUCCGCUGGUAGGUGCCCCUCAUAUAUUUUGAAGUUCUAGUAUAUACAUGGCUACAAACAUUGAAAUAGCUAACGAAGACAGUAACCAGAUCUGGAUUCCCUCUGCAGUGCCAUUCUCCUAGCCUACCUACGCACUUACUCCCCACGAAACAUUACCAAAGCCCUCUACAUCCCUCUCUCCAAUUUGCCUCGCGCGGAUUUAGCAUUACGGCCAGAAUUACAUCCCGUGUUAGAAAAAGCAAAAGUGAAGGUGGGAGAACUAAUCAGUUUGGAUGAUUUGAGACAGCAGGAUGCGGAGUUUAAAUUUAAACCAGAUGAUACAAAAUGGAUAUUGGUGGAUCAUAAUGCAUUGCAGGGAGAAUUAGGACAGGUUUAUGGAGAAAGAGUUAGAGGGUGUAUUGAUCAUCAUGAGGAGGAAGGAAAGUUUCCUGCAAAGGAAGUUUGUGAGGGAGAGGGAGAAAUGAGGAUCGUGGAGAAGAGCGGAAGUUGUGCGAGUUUGAUUGUUGGUUGGGGAAGAGGAGACUGGGUGGAGAUGACGAGGAGAAAGCGGGAGGUGGAUGGGGAAGGGGAUGUAAGGUAAGCUGCACUUUCUAAUGCCCAGUUUGGUCUAGAUGUCUUACGUGCCUCAUCUCUCGUCAUAAUCCCUUUGAAAUUUCUUGUGAUUAAUCACUAACUCACCGAUUUCUAGUCACUGGGAUGGAGAACUAGCCUACCUAGCCCUAGGACCAAUAUUAAUCGACACAAAUAAUCUACAAUCUCCCGACAGGACCCAAGACAGCGAUCGAGCCGCCGUCCAAUUCCUAGAGGACUUAAUUACAAAAGACCCCAACACUCCCCACUGGAACCGAGACGAAUAUUUCUCCUCGAUAACAGCCGCCAAAGAAGACAUAGAAAACAUGAGCCUACGCGACAUACUACGCAAAGAUUACAAAGAAUGGAACGAAGGAGGAAUGAACCUAGGUAUAAGUUCAGUAGUACAAGAUUUCAACUUCCUGCUCUCAAAAGCCGGGAGCAAGGAGAAAUUUUUACAAGUCCUGGGAGACUGGGGAAAGGAAAGAAAGUUGGGUAUCUGCGCGGUGAUGACAACAAGUCAUAGCGAAGGGGUGUUCAGAAGAGAACUUUUAGUCUGGGGCCUGGGUGAACAGGGAGUACAGAGUUUAGAGAAGUUUAAGACGGUGGGAGAGGAAAAAUUAGGGUUGAGGGUCUGGGGCGAGGGCGUGUUGAAUGUGAAUGGCGAGAGAGAAAUUAGACAUUGUUGGUGGCAGGAGCGAAUUGAGAAUAGUAGAAAGCAGGUUGCUCCUCUUCUGAGGCAAUCGAUGCUUUGAUAUUGAGUGGGUCAUAUCACCAUCAGGUUUGAGGUUUGUGACAUGGUCGAGCUGAAUGAGAGGUAAGUUGAAAGUGGCCCAGGUUGCCAGAAAGGAGCGUAAUCACCAUUUAUAAGUUGAAACAUCAACCCCAGACCAUUUGGUCCAAGGUGGUCUUCGACUUAAAUUAUCAGAAAUAAUAUAAGGAAAUAGCUCGUGCGAACAAAAUAUCCCCAAGAUCAUGACAAGAUUUACAAUUGCAUCACAUAGGACGGCAAAACGGGAUAUCAAAUAAUUAUCUAGACAAU